CUCAAGCUAAGGUAAGCAGCUAUCCUCCCCCUUCUUCUCCCCCUCCAUUCCCCUAUAAAGCCAUCUUUUAUGUGACCACUCAUGGGCUCUCCUUCCUCCAUCUCCAUCUCCCUGCUGUGACUGAGCUACAUACUACCAGAGCUAAAGCAUAUGUACUCAAAUCUGUACUACCUCCUUACCUUGUGAUCCAUGCUAAGCUGCAUGCUAGCUAGGUUGCUGCCAUCACUUACUGCAUGCACUUGUGAGUGGUGAUCUCAUCUGCUGCUACUACAGCAAUUAGCUAGCAGAGCUGCAGCUCAUCGAUCCAUGGACAACAUGACCCACAACUCCAGCAGCAGCAGCUCAUGGGAUUUGGACAUGAGCCUCGGCAGCCACCACCAUCCCCUCCUCUUCGACCAGCCGCCGCCGCCGCCGCCCCCGCCGCCGCCGCCGCCAUUACCCUUCCACCUCCACCACCACCCUCUAGAUCCCUCUCCUUCUUCUUCUUUGUUUCCUCCUCCUCCCCAUCAUCACCACCAUGCCCAUCACCUCCAUCAUCCUCUCGACCUGGACCAGCGGCGUGGUCACCAUGACUAUGGCGGCGGUGACCAGGGGGGCGACGAGGAGCUGAGGCUUCAGCAGGAGGCGGCGGCAGGUGGUGGUGGUGGUGGCCAGGACGGCGGCGGCGGUGGGGAUCAGGACGCCGACGAGGAGCUCGGCGCCAUGAAGGAGAUGAUGUACCGGAUCGCCGCGAUGCAGCCGGUGGACAUCGACCCGGCGACCAUCAAGAAGCCCCGCCGCCGCAACGUCCGCAUCAGCGACGACCCGCAGAGCGUCGCCGCCCGCCACCGCCGGGAGCGGAUCAGCGAGCGCAUCCGCAUCCUGCAGCGCCUCGUCCCGGGGGGGACCAAGAUGGACACCGCCUCCAUGCUCGACGAGGCCAUCCGCUACAUCAAGUUCCUCAAGCGCCAGGUCCAGGAGCUCCAGCACCAGCCGGGACCGCCGCCGCCGCCGUAUCCCGCCGGAGCUGCACCGGCCGCCGGGCCCAGCACCUCGGCCGUGGGCCCACCGGGCCGGCCAUUCUUGCCGCUGGGUGGAGGAGGGCCCAUGAUCGACUGGGUCGGCCUGACCAGGCCGGUGGACAUCCAUGGGCCGACCUCGUCGUCGUCCUCGUCGUCGAUGGGCGGCGCCUUGGGUUUCGGGUUCGGCUGCGGCGGCGGCGGGCAGAGCAGCCAUGGGAUGCACUGAUGGAUGAUGAAAUUGGGAUGGAGCAAUAUAGCUGAGAGAGAGGAGAUUAACUAAGCUAGGGAUGCAUGGAUUGGUGGACUAGAGAGGUAAUUUUGGUAAUUUGGUUUUGGUCUUGGUUUUUAUUAAUUAAUUUGCUCUUGUUGUUGGCUCAGGCUACUAGCUACUCUCUCUACUCCCCACUGAGUAGCUAAGCUGCUGCCUUGAUGUUUCUCAAAGUACAAUUAAUUAAUAAGAUUAGCUAGGGUUUGCAUUCUAUUUGCCAA